AUGCUAGAGCCUAUAUGGUACUCUGGGGAUCCUAUAGACGCACUCCUUUUGACAGGGUAUAUCGAUGAUGCUGCUAGGCGUAUAUGGGAUGGAGAGGAUAGGGAUCCCCAGAGGUUCUACAACUACGACCGGAAGAUUGCGGGUCUUGCCCAGCCUGACGAGCCAUGGUUCCAGGAUGUACUAGCAGCUUCUGGCAUGGGGGACCUCUGUCAGGUGGACUACACAACGAUACAUAAUGGGAUGCUGGUGGCAUUUGUAGAGAGAUGGCAUCUGGAGACCUCCCCAUUUCAUCUUCCUCACGGCGAGAUUACCAUCACUCUAGAUGAUGUGGCAUGCCUCCUACAUCUACCUAUCAGGGAUACCCUCCUUGGUCAUGGUAGGCUGAUGAAGGUGGAAGCGAUGGAGAUGCUGAUUGCUGAGCUGGGGUGCGAUCCGAAUGACGGACUUGAGGAGGUGGAGAGGACCCGAGGGGCGCAUGUGAGGUUUCACACCUUGUAG